ACACACCCCAAAAAAACUUUCCCCACCCCUUUCCUCCCCAAAAUAUCUAAAUUACAGCUUCUUAAUGAGGUUCUCUACGAAAAAGUUGCUGCAGUUCAUUUGGAGUUAUCCGUGGUAGUUAAAACAACGAUUGCAAAUUACCAGGAAGAAAUCUCCCUUUUGAAACGUGCAAAUCACAUCUACGAAGACUGCUGGAUUUAGUUUUCAAAGCAGUUAUAAAGUUGCAUAGAUUAACAAGAAACAUGUUGCUAUAUUUCUAAUUGUCUAUUUCCUGCAUUUAAGUUUUCAUCAAAUUUCAUCCAUUCUCCUUCCCUCCAGACCUCCAGCAACUCACUCUCACUGAAGAGGAGGUAAACCCUAAGCAGCAGGAAUGGAGCCCUGUUCUGGGGCCGGUGGAGUCUGAUGCUGUAGUGGUCUAUUUGGGACUCUUUUAACCUCAUAACUGAGAAGAACCAAACAGAAUCUGAUGGCGAGAGCAACGGAGAAUCCGAAUCAACCAGUGACUCUGAGCUCCCCUCUGAAGUAAAUCCAGACAGUGACAACAGUGAAAGUGAUAAUGGAAGAGUGGAUAAAGUGACAGGGUUAAAGCCUCUCAAAUCAAAGAGACAAAGAACACAGCCAUCUGAAAUAUGAUGUGUGCGGAAAAUGCUUUGAGAAAGCAUGUAAUCUGAAACUGCAUCGGCACAAUGAGGAGAGACGACACAUGCGACACGUGGGAAAUGUUUCAUCCGGAAGGACCAUAUGACCCAGCACAUGAAGCUUCACACAGAGGAGAAAAAACAUUGCUGCACUGAAUGUGGCAAACGUACAGCCUGAAAAAUCAUAUGAGUACUCUUAGAGGGGAGGCUGUUCAAUGUGAUGUGUGUAGAAAAUGCAUGAUGACAGCAGGUGGUCUGAAAGUGCAUCAGAAAAAUAACACUGAGAAAUCGCAUCACUGCAAAGAAUGUGACAAUACCUACACCUUUAAGGGAGACCUGAUAAGGCAUAUGAGUAUUCACACUGGGGAGAAACCAUUUUGGUGCAAAGUAUGUGUCAAAUGCUUCAACGACAAGGGAAGCCUUCCAAAGCAUAUAAUGACUCACACAGAGGAGAAACCACAUCACUGUAACGAAUGUGGCAAAUGCUUCAGUCUGAAGGGAAGCAUGACAGCGCAUAUGAAGAUUCAUAAGUGGGAGGGACUUCAAUGUUAUUUGUGUUGAACUUACUUAAAGUUAAAAUCAAGUCUAAAAAGACAUCUGCGAACUCAUGGAAGGAAUAUUCACAAUGACUGAGAACACAUAAAAAUGCCCUUUGUGUAAAAUGUGUUGGAUGGAAGAGACUAUUAAGAGGACAUACCCCUCAGGUCACUGUUCUUGGUUAAAGGUACAGAUUGCGAUCUGGGAAUCUGUCCAAUGGUCAUAUCAAUUCAUACAACCUACCCAUUGAUUUUUUAUAGAUAUAACUUAUUAAUGCAUUAUGAGUUAAGCACAAUGUUUUGUCUUACCCUAUCAUAACCCAUAAACAUGUUAUUCUUUGUUUUAUUUCUCUGUUGUUUACAAACAAGAAGAAUGUUAACAGACAAUGAAUGGCUCCAAAUAUGAAUAAAAAAUUAUAAUGUGUGUCACGACUUUCAUUCCUUUUAUCUAGAUUGCGGUCUAUGAAUUUGAGAGGUUACAUUUCCCUAGCCCCAUCCCUCAGCUGUUUAUUAAAACAAGUGGCUGGGAUCCCAAUUUGUUAUUGUUUCAACAGCAGAUUGCCCAUUUAAGGUUGGAUAUGAAUAUGUGAGGGGUAAACGACAAGGGGCUAUGAGUUCUCUAGAAUUAAGGCACAAUGUUGAAGGUGUGUCACGACGCGCAGCUGAGCUCUUUAAUAUUAAUUAGAUGGUGAUAAUCUGAUGACUUUGUUUUGUACAACGCCCCUCGUGCCCCUCGUCACCACAAACGACUUCAAUGAAGGCAGUCUAAGACUACAGUAUGUAGCGAACGACAGAGCAUGUGUGAUAAUGUUACUAUUUAAGGACUAUCAUAUUGAAAACAUACUUUGUGUUGUACAUCGUUACAUUUUGAAUAAAUUGGGCAGAGCCCAGGGAAAGGAAGUUUCUCCAUUAUUGUUUGUACCAGGUGGAGAUCUAGACCUACAUCAUAAUAGUUUAUUUAACCUCUAUAGCACUUUUCAACAAAACAUAGAUUUUUGGGGUAUGUGUAUGACUAAGAAGAAAGAUUCAAAGAAUUUAGAUUGUAAAACGCCUUCUCGUUUUAGUCAUAAAUAUGGCUUCAGUAUAGGAUGAUCCAUACUGCAAAUGGGGGCAAAGUAUAGCCCGCGGGCUGUAUCCGGCCUGCCGGGCACUUCAAUCCGGCCCGUAAGACAUAUUUUAAAUGUAUUAAAUAUUAUUAUAUUUGAGUUACGAUUUUUGGCCUAAAAUUACUCAUUCCAUAAUAUACAAACAACCUCCAAUAGAUGGCGCUGUAGCCUGGCAGCGAGCUCUGUAUUUGGGCCUACAGUCAGAUUCAGAGUGCGCUCAGUCAUCAUUGCUUGACGACUUUUGACGUGAAAAAUGAGUGCUGCGAAAAUGAGAAAAGUGGACUCUGAAUGUCGUGUGUUUAAAGAAGAAUGGACAGCAAAAUACGUUUUACUAAUAUUGGAGAUAAGGCUGAUAUGUCAAGAAAGUGUUGCCGUUUUUAAGGAAUAUAAUCUCAAUCGUCAUUUUUCAAGCAAGCAUGCUAAAAGUGUGUUAAAGUUGUAAAAUGUUGUCAAAGUGGUUGUAAAACUUGUUAACUUUAUACGGGCAAGGGGGCUUAACCAUCGUCAGUUCAUUCAGCUGCUCAAUGACACAGAGGCAGAGCACCAGGACUUGUUGUACCAUUCAAAUGUGCACUGGCUAAACCUGGGAAAAGUGUAUUGCCGUGUGUGGGAACUGAGAGGGGAGAUAGGUAUGUUCUUUGAUACGGUUGGUAAAGCUGAAAGAGACAGACUGGCUGGGCGACUUUGCUUUCGGUGUAGACAUAUUGGGACAUCUGAACGAUCUAAAUGUGAAAAUGCAGGGAAAUUGUGUUUUUGUGCAUGAACUGUAUUCCAAUGUGAAAGCAUUCAAGGCCAAACUUCGUUGUUCUCCAGACAAAUGAGCAGCCGGUCUCUCGCUCAUUUUCCAACACUGGCAAUGAACGCGCACACAUCACAGUGCCGCACUGAGACAUACAGUAGCACUUUGAUCGACCUGCAUACUGAGUUUUCCUGCCGCUUCUCAGACUUCACCAAGAUUGAGACUGAGCUGGAGCUUGUAUCAUGCCCCCUGUCUUUCGACAGUGAGAAAGAACCACCAGACACACAUUUGGAGCUCAUCGACAUCCAAUGUGACAGUGCUUUGAAGGAGAAGUACAAAACAGAAACAAUAGACCAGUUCUAUGGCUUACUGAAUGAAACAAAGUUUCCAAACAUUAAAAAGCACGCCCAGAGGAUGCUUGUUUUAUUUGGGUCCACAUAUGUGUGUGAACAAACGUUCUCAGUCAUGAAUUACAACAAUUCCCAUCACAGGUCAAAUUUAACAAAUUACCACUUGUCAGCUGUUCUGAGAAUCUCUACAUCAAAGAUGACACCAGACUUUGAUGCCCUUGCCAAGAGAGGUGACCAGACCCAUUGUUCACAUUAAGACUUGAAUAACUGCAACUGGGCUACUGCUUUUUCAUGGUGAUGGUUAUGCAGUGAGAAUUAUCCAGCAAUGCACUUGGAUACAGGUAAUAACUAAUCAUUCAGAUAUGGGCUGAGGUGAUUGGAUAACUGUAAAUAUGGCUCACAAUAGAGAUGAGAAUUGUUCCUUAAUAUGCUUUCAAAAACAGACAAUUCCAAAUGAAACGGAUGCUCUUACCAUAUGUUUCACUCAAAUCUUAUAAUCCUUUUUUUUACACAUCUACUGUUACAUUUUGCAUGUCUUCAGUCAUAUACAGUGGGGGAAAAAAGUAUUUAGUCAGCCACCAAUUGUGCAAGUUCUCCCACUUAAAAAGAUGAGAGAGGCCUGUAAUUUUCAUCAUAGGUACACGUCAACUAUGACAGACAAAUUGAGAAAUGUUUUUCUCCAGAAAAUCACAUUGUAAGAUUUUUUAUGAAUUUAUUUGCAAAUUAUGGUGGAAAAUAAGUAUUUGGUCAAUAACAAACGUUUCUCAAUACUUUGUUAUAUACCCUUUGUUGGCAAUGACACAGGUCAAACGUUUUCUGUAAGUCUUCACAAGGUUUUCACACAUUGUUGCUGGUAUUUUGGCCCAUUCCUCCAUGCAGAUCUCCUCUAGAGCAGUGAUGUUUUGGGGCUGUCGCUGGGCAACACGGACUUUCAACUCCCUCCAAAGAUUUUCUAUGGGGUUGAGAUCUGGAGACUGGCUAGGCCACUCCAGGACCUUGAAAUGCUUCUUACGAAGCCACUCCUUCGUUGCCCGGGCGGUGUGUUUGGGAUCAUUGUCAUGAUGAAAGACCCAGCCACGUUUCAUCUUCAAUGCCCUUGCUGAUGGAAGGAGGUUUUCACUCAAAAUCUCACGAUACAUGGCCCCAUUCAUUCUUUCCUUUACACGGAUCAGUCGUCCUGGUCCCUUUGCAGAAAAACAGCCCCAAAGCAUGAUGUUUCCACCCCCAUGCUUCACGGUAGGUAUGGUGUUCUUUGGAUGCAACUCAGCAUUCUUUGUCCUCCAAACACGACGAGUUGAGUUUUUACCAAAAAGUUCUAUUUUGGUUUCAUCUGACCAUAUGACAUUCUCCCAAUCCUCUUCUGGAUCAUCCAAAUGCACUCUAGCAAACUUCAGACGGGCCUGGACAUGUACUGGCUUAAGCAGGGGGACACGUCUCGCACUGCAGGAUUUGAGUCCCUGGCGGCGUAGUGUGUUACUGAUGGUAGGCUUUGUUACUUUGGUCCCAGCUCUCUGUAGGUUAUUCACUAGGUCCUCGUGUGGUUCUGGGAUUUUUUGCUCACCGAUCUUGUGAUCAUUUUGACCCCACGGGGUGAGAUCUUGCGUGGAGCCCCAGAUUGAGGGAGAUUAUCAGUGGUCUUGUAUGUCUUCCAUUUCCUAAUAAUUGCUCCCACAGUUGAUUUCUUCAAACCAAGCUGCUUACCUAUUGCAGAUUCAGUCUUCCCAGCCUGGUGCAGGUCUACAAUUUUGUUUCUGGUGUCCUUUGACAGCUCUUUGGUCUUGGCCAUAGUGGAGUUUGGAGUGUGACUGUUUGAGGUUGUGGACAGGUGUCUUUUAUACUGAUAACAAGUUCAAACAGGUGCCAUUAAUACAGGUAACGAGUGGAGGACAGAGGAGCCUCUUAAAGAAGAAGUUACAGGUCUGUGAGAGCCAGAAAUCUUGCUUGUUUGUACGUGACCAAAUACUUAUUUUCCACCAUCAUUUGCAAAUAAAUUCAAUAAAAAUCCUACAAUGUGAUUUUCUGGAUUUCUUUUUCUCAAUUUGUCUGUCAUAGUUGACGUGUACCUAUGAUGAAAAUUACAGGCCUCUCUCAUCUUUUUAAGUGGGAGAACUUGCACAAUUGGUGGCUGUAUAUCCUUUGCCCACUGUAUAUCCUUUGCCUAAAUAAUAAAUGCUCUAGUAGGAGCAAACAAUUCUGCAGCCUGAGGUAUUUUAGCACUUUCUAAGGUAGUGGCAGCCGUGGUUAUUGCAUAAGCCCCUAAUGGUUUUUCUUGAGGUGAUUUUUGAGCAGAACCAUCCACAAAUUGUUCCAAAUCAGCAUUCAUUAAAGGCACAUCCGAUAAAUCGGGGUGUGGCUUACAGACCUGGUCAACUAGGACAGCACAAUCAUGGGGCUCACCUUCAUCGUCAGUUAGUAGGGACAUGGCACAUUGACAUUGCUACAGCUCUGAGGCAACACACCAACCCUCUCACCACACUGUCAAGUCUCUUAGGGUAGUAUGCAACAGGCCGCUGCUUCCCACUGUGAUCCUGUAUAAGGACAGAUUACAUAAAACCAUUUUUUUUUUUUUUUUUAUCAGACACCAAUGGAUUAAAUGGUUUAGAAUGAUCCGGCAAACCUAAACAAGGAGAAAAGGUUAGCAACUGUGUCACAUUUUGUCAACUGCCAGCAAACCCUCAGGAGUCCACUUUAUCUUGUCCUUCAUCUCCAUCUUGUGGCCAUGGGUGAAAUCAGAAAAUGGUUGAGUGAUUUCCGCCAUUCCUGUAAGUGACAACAUGUGUUAAACAGUUCAAACAGUUAAUCAUUAUGCAAUCAUUCAUUCACAAUCAUUCUGUUAUUGUGUGCGUCCACACAUUAAUUAAUGGGGUACCCCUCUAUAUUUGUUUAGUUCUCUAACGGUAUCUACAUUUCUUAACAGCAGUCAAAUGCUCUUAGAUCAAUCAGUUAAUUAAUUCCAGGCCUAUUUUAAAUUACAUUUGGUUCACUUAAAUUAAAUUCCAAAGAUCAGUCAACACAAUUCUCACUACUUAAAUUCAGUUCCCGAAAGUACAAGUAUUCUUAUUACACGUAUCAACUCACUUGAAAACCAGGAAUCGGUUACAUCAAGAACACCUUUUUCAAAUGUUGUACACAGGCCUUCUCUACACAAGGCUAAAAGCAUUUAACCUUUAAAACUUUGAAUUCUAAAGUCUUCACCGGUAGUGCUGUGAAAGCAAAGGUUAGCGGUUACAACACUGCUACAAAUAGCAGGUGGACAGAAAAUUGUAUUGUUGGAAAUCAGUCAUAACUCCUUCAGUCAGUAGCUUAGUUAUAAUUUUGUAAAACUACAGUCUACAAAAUAAAUCACAUCUAAAGCAAUGUUAAACAACUAUAACCCACUAACAGCAGUAAAUGCUUUUCAAGCAGUGCAUUUCUCUUACAAAAACAAUCAUCAAAAGAAAUCACAUAACAACGUAGUUGGAUUGGGAACCACUGGGGCACGGGCAAAGACAGCAUCAUUCACAGGUCUUAAUCUUGAACAAAACGCCAAUUCCCUGAGGCUUUUCUUACUGGCAAGAUAGGGGUGUUGCAAGGUGACUCUGGACACAGGACUAACGCUCCGUGCUCUAACAGUGAGGCAUGCACAGGUGUAAUACCUUCAAUAGCCUCUUUACUGAGUGGAUACUGUGCUUUGGAAGGGUGCCUGGUAUCUUUGGGAGUGACUACAAGGGGCUCAGCCUCCUUCAUCCUGCCAAAAUCAGAUGUAUCCCUUGCCCAUAGGCAAUCAGGGACCCCUCUCAAGAGGGGCGAGUCCUCACUCAAAAACAUGAUAUUGGUGACAAAGGAGGGCUGAUCAAGUCCAUGCACACCCCUCUCAACUGCUGUGUCCCAGUUGAGGGGGUAACAAUAUGUCAGUUUGCUGGGUGAAUAAGUUGACCCAUCUGAACACCUCCCAAUCAACAGCAUUGACCAGGCCCUUUAUCUAAACCCUAGUAUCCUCCCACUCAACUCUACAUGAUUUUGCCAGGGACACAUGUGGUGUACUAUCUUCAAACAUGUAGAGCUCUUUCUGUGCAGGGGUUAGAUGAACCCCCAAAGCACAGAAAUCACUGCUACAAUACAACCCUUCACACUGGAUAGAUUCUGGCGCUACACUUUCUAACAGCUAUUUGUUCUCAUAUCUCAGGUCUCUUGUCAAUGGUGAGAAAUGGGAGGUGCAAUGUAAGCCUGCUUCAGACAUGAAACUGCCCUCGUGACCCCAAUGGGUUUUGGCCCAUUGAGAAAACACAAGCCAUAUUGGGCACCUCAUUUAUCAACGUCCCAUGCAUAAUACCAGUCACAAAACUCAGACAUUAACAUCAGUUGCUCCCCCUCUUCCUCCUCCUCCUUCUUGAAUAACGGUUCAACCGGUUCGGCCACAUGUUAUGUUGAUGCCCAGUUUACACAGGAGGUCCCUGCCCAUCAGAUUGACAGGACAGUGGUCAGAGUAGAGAAAUUGAUGCUGACACUUCUCCUCACAAAAGGAGACAGGCAGAGGUAUAGUUACAUGCUCUCUGAAUGGGAGGACUCAGCCCCUACAGUUUUGACUGUUUCGCUAGACAUGGGAGGUUUUGUCCAUUCAUACUCUGUCAGUCUCUCCCUGACUUUCUCUAAUAUUGUUACAGUGUCCCUGUCAACGGAAAACCACCUUAUCCGUAAUUUCACCUGGUCCAGAAUGUCUCUUCCCCACUUAUCUACACAUAACCUUCAGGGCCCCCGUGGGGGGAUCUGGAAUACCAUGUCCCUUGCUCCUGUGUACUCCCAUGGUUCCUGUUCCACUCACACACUCACAGAUUACACAGACACACACACACAGGGGUAGACAAACAGAGAAAACCAGUUAGCGAUAUCUCCAUUAAAAUAUUGCCUAAUUAGUGGCCCCAGAACGGGGUGUUAUCUCCACACGGGGAUAUCGCCUACUGUGGUACAGACUUCACCAAGUGCUGGCUUCUACACUGGCUCCUCCAGGGCAUACCUGGCUAGCACAUUUAAAAUAAUCGGACUUCACCUGUUCUGAGGCACACCCUUGAGACAGAGGUCCUUCAUCCAAUGGGACUUCACCAAGUGCAGGCUUAUCUACAGACACUCUGGCCCCUCGUCCCUACAGACCGCACCAAUCCCCACUGUAAUCAAUUCAGUGUCAGGGCGGCUCUAAGUCACCCGCAACUGACCAGUGGCAGAGUAUCUUUGAGUCUGACAGUGCUCUCAGAUUACUCUCCUCUGACUCGGCCCCGCUUACACCUCCAAGAUGCCCCCUCUCACAGGAAUACACACUCAGAGCCCAGGUAACAGAGGAUUUUCUUAAAAACUUGACUUUGUGUGGUUCGCUCACCUCCUUUUCAAUAAUGAGGAGAGACAAGGUCAAUCAUCAAUCAGGAUAUUGGUGGAUCAUCUUGCUCCCCUCUCUCAAUACUAUGUUUGAGAUCUGGUAUCCACCCGUGCCCGCUUCCUCUCAGAUCUUAGGUGGUCCAGCUGCUCCAUCAGGAGUGCGGCUCCCCUGAGAUCCCAUUUUGGGGAUCCCCUGUGCACAGUUUACUGAGAUCAUCAGGAGCGACCAACAGGUGAAGUUACAGAUCCCAUCCUCGUCGCCAAAUGUGGUGGAUAUUUUAAAUACUAGUCAGAGUUAUACUUAAACUAACUCUUUAUUCAAAUAACUUAUCGAUAAGGGAGCUGGUCGCAAUACCCACACAACCAAGUGGAUAGAGUGAGAGCCCAACGAACAGGAAAUGCUGACGUCUUAUAUAGUGGACCUAAAAAUGCUUAGUUCCACCCCUCCCCGGCAGAUCAGGAGCUACCUUGUUUUCUUCUUGUGGUUAUGUGUAUCGGGUCAUAGAACACAAACAAGUGAUAAUGUUAGCUCCGUUACUGCCCAUAUCUCCACACAGCUGUGCCCUUGGAAGAUAGUAAAAGACAGGAUGAACUGAAAAACUGUGGUCACUCUGAGGCUCUUUUUCUUAUGCCGUGUGACCAGGUUACUCAGAAGCAACGAGAAAUUGAAACAAUACAGGUCUAUCUGUUCCUCAAGUUUAUCUCUAUCGCAUGUCCUUGACUACACGCCUAGACCAGCUGCAGGGAGCUAGAGGGAACCAUCCUUAUGAAAAGCACAGCAUUGGUAGUUAAGAAAUGUCUCUACUAUUGUUAAGCAUAUUAAUUGUUAACUAUUAAUAUUAAACAAAUCAGGUUAAUACGUGAUUUUUUCCCCACACACAAUUUAAAAAAAAUGUGUUUGCAUGAUUAUUGCCUAAGCAAAUUAAUAUCCAUGUAUCCUAUCUGUGCUUAGAGUUCAAAACAGUCAAACUAAGCUAGCAGUCCUAUUGAAGCAUACAGUUUAGUAGACGCUCUCAUCCAGUGCAACUUCCAUAAGCAAUUAGGGUUAAGUGCCUUGCUCAAGGGCACGUCAAAAGAUUUUCACCUAGUCUGCUCAGUGAUUCAAACCAGCAACCUUUCAGUUACUGGCCCAACACUCUAAACCACUAGGCUGCCUGUGCCCCAUGUUCUCAGAAUGUAAUUUAAUUAUCUUCAAAUAACCUAUAAUUUCCGUUCUCAAACCGUUAAUAAAACCUACCUGGAAAAUGUUCAGGGAACCAUAGUAAAGCGUUCUCAGAACAUCCCUGCAACCUAAAAAUGUACAUUCCCAAAACAGGCAACAUUUUCACUUCCGUUCUCAGAACGUUUAAAAAACGGUCCGUUUUACCGGUCAGGAAACUUACGGCUUUGUUCCCAGAACCAAUGGGAAACCGAAAACUUAAGCUCCCACAACUUCCAAGGAAACAAAUGUGCUAGCUGGGUAUCUAGCAACUCUUGAGCAGGAAAAAAAACAAUAACUUCUCCCACCCCUUUCCUCCCCAAAAUGUCCAAACUACAGCUACUUAAUAAGGUUCUCAAUGUAAAAUGUGCUGCAUUUCCUUUGGAGAUAUCCGUAAAAGUUAAAACGACAAUUGCAGAGUACCCGGAAGAAAUCUGCUUUUUUCAAAUGGGCAAAUGCACACGAAGACUGCUGGAUUUGGUGUUCAAAAGUUGCAUAGAUUGGUGACUACCAGUGUUACCAACUAUUUUUCAGUGAGAAUCGCCAUUGGCUCCUUGACUUGUCGCUAGAAGUCACUAGAUGACGUUUUGCCAUUGCCGUGACGAAGUCACAGCACUAAUUUGCCUUGCUGUGGCACAACUGCGGUCCCCGAAGUAGCGUUUUCGCCAGCUCUGCCACCGCACACCACCUCCCCUUGUGCUUCUCUGCCUGUGUGUGCACUGUUGCUCUGACUUCUGUUGCACAGACAGCUUCUCCGAAUCUUGCUUGCGGCAGAAUUGAGUGGAAAAAUAAAUCCUCUGUGUCAAAACUCCCCAAGGCAGCCUGAAAAGUAGCUGAAUUUGUCGCUAGCCUCUUUUACCAAUAGAAGGUCGCCGGAGGGGUCUGAAAACUCGCUAAAUAUAGCAACAAAGUUGCUAUACUGACAACACUGGUGACUACUUCUCUCUAUUUGACUUUCUUUUUACAUUGUAGCCAAAGAAGAGAAGAAAUGUGGAAACAAAUGCGGUUGUAUGAAAUUAGAUUCUCCUUGUCCACUAGUGAGUCAUAAAGCAACAUCAGAAGCAGCAACAAAUGGCUUGUUCAAAACAACUGGGAACUCGUUACUGGAAACUCCGAAAUCUCAGACUUCCGACUUGUUCAAAAAAAGUGGGAACUCGGGGAAAAAAACUUGCUCCGACUGGGAAAAACCUAUUUGAAUGGUCAUCCAACUCUGAAUUCCAACUCGGGAACUGUGGCCUCUUUCUAGAGCUCCGACUUUCCGACCUGAAGAUCACUGAUUUCAUGAUUUGACCUCAUAUUUUUCAGAGUUUCCAGUUGUAUUGAACGUGACGAUAGAAACAAGAAGCAAAGUGUCACUAGCCACCUAAUCAUGAUGAUGCAAAAUGCAUCAUAUGAAGUAAAACGGAAGUGAUACUUUGCUUCUUGAAAGUCCAAUAUUUACACUAAAUGACCAAAAGGAUGUGGACAUUUGUUCGUCGAACGAUUGGGAAACAUGCAUAUGAAUGACACAUGCUAAGUUUAUAAAUCUCAAUAUAUUUACGCAUUCUUUUCAGAAAUGGUGUACACGGAUAUUUAGUGUGAAAGUAUAUAAAUGAAAGUUUAUAUGAGGCCCCUAAUCUCGAACAAAUUUGUAACAAUUGAGCAAUGAGGUUUUGUGGCAUGUCCCUUUAGUUUCCCCCUAUCCACUGUUUCUGAGGCAAACAGAUUAUUUCUCCCAUCCAAUUUGCCAGGGUCAAAUUUCAGUAGUGUCAGUGCAGUAAACUGCACACAAGAUGGCGCCAUUUACCACUUUAUAAUGACCAAAUCUGCUAAGAAUUAGAAUACCAAUUAACUAACUAUUAAAUCCACAAAAUGUUGUGCAUUUGAUUAGUGGAUGCAUAAUCAUCUAGGGUGGUAACUAAUGUCAAUACAUUUUAGGCUUAGCCAAGCUUAAUCUGUAGGCUAUAAAGAUAUUGAAUUAAACAAAUACCAAAAAUCAAGAAAUAUGUAACAAAAUAUUUAAUUUAUACCCCCGAAUGUUUACAUAAUCCCAUACAAAAUGUGCACUCAUGCCUCAUGAGCUUAGUACAGCUGUCUUACCCCAUCAUAACUCAACAUAUGAAAUUGUAAACAAACUAUGUAUAGCUUUAAAUGUGGUUAAAAAGUCCAUGUCUUUCUCAUUCCGGACUGCAGCUUUAAAAUGAGGGGAACAUAAUUUGCAGUGCGCCCAGUUCCUGUGCCUGUUGUUGACGGGUGGGAGUUUCCCCACAUACAGUUUGAAGGAAACACCAGAGGAUGUCCUUUUCCUGAUUCCUAAACCAUGAAGUUUGUGUUGUGUGUAAUUGGGGUGGGGGGGGGGGUGGACGGGUGUGGGUGGGUGUAACUCUCUCUAAUACCUGCUGUUAGGAAUGUUACAAUGUAUUUCCUUAAUAUGUUAUUACAAAAUAGCUAGCCCACUAUUUUUCAACCACGGUGACAAACAAGAUACAAAUACAAAUCUGCAUAUCAAUAGCCCUAUGUUCACAAUAUAAGCUCAAUAAAAAAAUUGGCCCUGCUUUCAAGGUAGAAGAUAUGUCAGCCAAUAGUGCUAUAAUAGAGUGGAGGUGUCAUAAUACCCAUAAAACCUAGUGGUCAAACAGGGAAAUGGUUCCAAUCGUUUUUCCACCAUUCAUUUUUCCCAUAGGGGAUUUUAGAAACACUUCAAAAAAGGGCUGUGUUUUGUUUAGGCUUAUCCUGGCAUGACAUUUUGAUAACCAUGUAAAUCUCUCUCGGACAAGGGGACUUUUAUCAAUAUAUUUGGCUCUAUUUACUCUCAGAAAUCGAAAAUGAUAAUUAGCAUCAAAGUAGACAUCAUGCAAAACUACAAAUCCCUGCAGGCUCCUGCACGUUAUCUCUAGCUGACACCUUUGCUAACAGGUAUUGUGUCAAUUUAUAACUUGCACAAGACAGUUCACUGAAUUGUCUAUUUAAAGAAAUGUAGCCAAUGUAUUCAUUACUACAUUUAGCAAACAUUAGAUAGUUAAUCCAGAUUCUUACCUUUGCCUCGAUUCAGCAGUCUCGUCCAGAUCAUUUGUAAUUCUUUAUGAUAGCCACAUUAGCAGCUAAUUAGCACUUCAUUUUUGGGGGGUAAUGUCAUGACUUCCGCCGAGGCUGCCUCCCCUCCUUGUUCGGCCAGGCUUCGGCGUUCGUUGUCACCGGCUUACUAGCCACUGCCGCCCCAAUUAUCAUCAUCACAUUUGUCUUUUCUUGUCAAUCACACACACCUGGUUCUAAUCCCCUCAUUAGUCUGUGUAUAAGUGUUCCCUCUUCCCCCUUGUCCUUGUGGGUGAUUGUUUGAAUGUGAAAGUAGUGUAGCUCGGUGGAGCUACUCGUACCAUUUUGUUGCCAGGGUAGAUAUUUCCCCUGUGCCUAUGUAUUAUAUGGAGAUACAGUUACAGUGUAUUGCCAGGGUAGAUUUUCCCCUGUGCCUGUUUCGUUUGUCGCUAUUCCAGCGUAUUUUGUGUAACGAAGGAAUCAACUCUGUAUUCGGUGAUUACCCUCCUGCGCCUGACUCCUUCCAUCACACUCAUCACAGUUAAAUACAGGUGAAUAUAUUGAUAAAAGUCACCUUGUCCUAGAUAGAUUUACACGGUUAUCAAAACGUCAUGCCAGGGUAAGCCUACACGAAACACAGCCCUUAUUUGAAGGUUUUCUCAAAUCCGCUAUGGGAAAAAUGAAGGGUGGAAAAAUUAUUGGAACCAUUUCCCAGUUUGACCGCUAAGUUUUAUGGGUAUUAUGACUCAUACUGUGGUACUCUAUAAGGACACAGGGCUGCUGUCAAUGGAGAAGGACGAAGCAGCUAGUCUGCCUAUGGAGGAAUGAGCCUGACAGCUGGUAGGUAGAAUCCUACUACACCACCACUCUACUAGGUCACAUGGUUGCCUCCUUACUAUCCCUCUGAUCCUCUCGCUCUCUCUCGCUCUAAUUCUGUGCAUGUGUACAGUCAUUGGUGUACAGUGAGGGCGAGAGGAAGGGGGAGGGGAGAAAUGGGAAGGAGGAGGAGCAGCUGAGUUGAGAGAGAGGAGAGGCACAGAGGGAUUGGUCUGUGAGCCCAGCUCAACGACAGAGUGAGAGGUUGAAAAGAGUGUGGAGAGAAAAAUAGUCAAGUUCCUUAUUCUCUGUCGGGUGUGGAGAAACGAGACAAGGAAGGAGUGAUAGAAGAGAAGAAAAGGAGUAGAUAGAUCCACUACAUCGAAGAACGAGCUAUCCAGUGGACGUUGGUGGCUUUGCUGUCACAGGAAAGGGAGGAGGGGAGGAGAAAACAAGGGAACAUGCUGGUCACGGAGGGACGGAGGAGUGUGUGUGCGAGUGUGUAUCCUGGCGUCUGUGUUUGAGGAAGAGAAUUCCGGCGAUUCAGUGCAAUGCUAUGGACUAGGAGCCAGCUGGAGUCUUGCUGAAGACAUGGCC